UGUCAUUUUAGUGAAAAAGAUUGCGAAAAACUGCAAUAAAAAUUCUUUUUACUUAAUUUUAACGUGCAACUAGAAAUCGGAAAUGAUUUGAUUUAACGAUAACAAAAAUAUCUGUUUAUCAUGACAAUAAAAAAUGAAGAAUCACAAGACAGAACCAAGAGGUUACGUUUUAAGAGUGUAACAAAUGUACAACAUUAUGCGAGUGAGAACAUUGUUAAAAAAGAGAUGAAAAAUAAAGAAAAUGAUAAAAAUGCCUCUCUUUUCACAUUCCUACACGUCGAGCUUACGCGAGGAUAUUUGCUUGAACAUGACGAAGAGAGGUUCUCAGCGAGGAGAGAAAAAGUAUAUUCUUUUAUCAAAAUUCCGCAAGAGCUGGAAAAGUUUAUGGCUUACGGAUUUUUUCAAUGCGCAGACUCCUUGUUGUUUGUUUACACAUUUCUUCCUUUGAGAUUUCUCAUGGCGUUCUGGUCAUUUUUUAAUAGAGUAUUUAGGCGAUGCUUUGGGUACUCACACCCUAAAAGAAGUAUACUUAAACCUGCAGAGACCUGCGAUGUACUGAAAGGUUUUAUUCUCCUAGUCUGUAGUAUCCUAAUGUGCUAUAUCGACACUAAUAUGAUGUACCACCUGGUUAAGAGUCAGAGUGUGAUGAAGCUGUAUAUAUUCUACAAUAUGUUGGAAGUCGGAGACAGGCUAUUUUCUGCCUUCGGUCAGGAUACAAUUGAUGCUCUAUUUUGGACAGCUACGGAGCCAAGAGGCAGGAAACGUGAGCACUUGGGUGUGAUUCCACAUCUGAUUUUUGCUAUGAUUUAUGUCUUUCUUCAUAGCUUGUUAGUAUUGUUUCAGGCCACAACACUCAAUGUAGCUUUCAACUCCAACAAUAAAAGUCUGCUAAUUAUAAUGAUGUCUAAUAAUUUUGUAGAAUUAAAAGGCAGUGUGUUCAAGAAGUUUGACAAGAACAACCUCUUCCAAGUUUCGUGCAGCGAUGUGCGGGAACGACUACACUUGUCCGUUCUGCUGUUUAUUGUUGUUCUGCAAACUAUGAAGGAGUAUGUAUGGAAAGAAGAGAGAUUUUGGAUUUUAGCACCAGACUGUGUUCUCGUAUUGGCCUUUGAAGUUAUUAUAGACUGGGUGAAACAUGCUUUUAUUACAAGGUUUAACGAGAUCCCGUAUGGAGUGUACCGCGAGUACACAGUGAGUUUGGCGUACGACGUCGCUCAAACGCGUCAGAAGUAUGCCUUCAGUGAUCACUCUGAUUUGGUGGCGAGACGAAUGGGCUUCAUACCACUGCCCCUUGGUGUCGUCAUUACGAGAGUCCUUGUGCAUGCCGUCAAAAUCGAUGGAUUUGCGGCAGUGCUCCUGGUGUUUUUGGCGUACAUAUGCUUGAUCUCCAUACGUGUGCUUGUAUCUGUCGUGAUUCUGGGCAAAGCCUGCGACUUGAUCUCACAGCAUCAGAACGACAAAAGUGACAGUCAUCAUACAACUCCUAAAAAGGAACCAAAAGAGGUGAAGGAGACAGUUAUGCAUAAAAACACUGACGAUGAAAGUGCCGAUAAAAAGCCCAUACAUUUGAAAUUUGUUGCGCCAGACAAUGUGAUUAUAAACGAGCCAUUGGUAGACUCGUCAGUAGGUGCGGCGGCCAUUUUCUCCAAUAGCGCCAUAGACCUCAACGGCGUGUGCUUCUUGAAUGACACAAUGAACACGCAAGUCAAACAGGAGCCUAUCGACUACAUAGAGACAGAAAUGGGCGAGGUGAGCCGCAGCGUGCCGGACAUAGCGGCGCCGGCGCCCGAGCCGCGCGCGCCCGACGACACGCUCAAACGCCGCGCCGAGUCCGAGCCCAACCUCGCCAAGGACGACUAGAGAUAUAUUAUUUAUUAUACUUUUUCUACAAC